UACUCUCGCGAGCGCACGGUGGCUUAACACGGGCGAGAGGGAGAUGGAGAGAAAUGAGGUCUGAAAAGGACCAAAUGACCGUGGUCAAGGAGAAAAGCGUCGUCGAGAUACAGUUUAGAGACAUCCCGAGAGAGCAAGAGAACACCCCUGGCAACCCGAAACAGAAAGAGGAGAAGAAAGAGGUGUUUACCAAGGUGGUGCUUCGAAGGCUUCCACCAAACCUGUCAAAGGAGCAGCUAGAGGAACAGCUCAGUCCACUUCCAUCCUACGACUACUUUGAGUUCUUUCCAGCUGAUCAAAGUCUUUACCCCCACCUGUUCUCCAGGGCAUAUAUCAAUUUUAAAAACCCUGAAGAUAUCCUGCUGUUUAGGGACCGAUUUGAUGGUUAUGUCUUCAUUGACAACAAGGGCCAGGAGUAUCCUGCAGUGGUAGAGUUUGCCCCCUUCCAGAAAAUUUCCAAGAAGAAGCUAAAAAAGAAAGAUGCCAAAGCUGGGAGCAUUGAAGAAGACCCAGAAUACAAGCGGUUCUUGGAGAAUUACUCCUGUGAUGAGGAGAAGUCCAUGGCCAACCCAGAGACCCUGCUGGGAGAGAUAGAAGCCAAGACCAGAGAGCUCAUAGCCAAACGGACAACACCACUGUUGGAGUACAUCAAAAAUAAGAAGAUUGAGAAACAGAGAAUAAGAGAGGAGAAGAGAGAGGAGAGGAGAAGGAGGGAGCUUGAAAAGAAACGGCAGAGGGAGGAGGAAAAGAGGAAGCGACGAGAAGAAGAGAGACGCAAACGAAAAGAGGCAGAGAAGCAGAAGAAACUGUCUGACAAAGACAUCAAAAUUAAGCUCCUGAAGAAGAGUGACAGGGACGAUGACGUGGAUUCAGACCGAAUGAAGGAUAAAAGCGACAUCGGGGAGGCAGACCGAGGCAAAUGGGAGAAAAUUGGAGGACAAAUGAAGUCAAAGGACUCCAAAGAAAAAGGUCAGCCUGAGAGUGACAAGGAGCAGCGAGAGCAGCACGGUCGCAGACAGAGAGAUAAGGAUCACCGUGGGAAAGAUGAAGAGAGGAAACGACAGCGACACCACUAUGAGUUUGACAAGUUUAUGCGCCGCAAAGAUGAAACCAAAUGGGGGAAGGGCUACUGCCAGGACCGAGCCAAAAAAGAAGGGCACCAUCAUGGCUAUUCUUACUGUCCAGACAGUGGAGACAAACUGGGAAAGGAGGACAGGGAGGACCUGGGUAACAGGAAAGAACGCCUCCGAAACAAGGUGAGCGAGAAGGACCGUCCAGCCAUGCAGCUCUAUCAGCCUGGCGCACGAAACAGGAAGCGCAUGAGCUCCGCAGGGAAAGGCUAUGACUGCAUCCCAGUGGGCCACUCACCUGAACCCAGCACGGAGCAUUGUUAUGAUGCCGUCACUCUGGCAACAGGGCUGGAGAAGGGGUUUGAGAAAAGCAAAGAUGAACAGUGAGCAGCCUGGAUGUUUAGAGAAAAUAGGUUGAGCGUGGUUUGACUGGUUAUUAUUGAGCUCUUAAAAAUGAUAACCUCCACUGAGAGAAAAAGGCACUUCAAAAGCAAAGUCUUUUAGUAGUUUUCAUCUGCAUUAAGUGUAAUAAAAUUCAGAGGGUUUUUGUUUUGCUGGAGCAUGAACAUUUUUAGUGCACACUAAAUAUUUUGACUGUCUCAUUGUUUAGUAUUCAAAGAAUGAUCGUCAAUUAUCAUAGCAUUAGGUGGAAUGCUUGGAAUACACCAUGUGAAAAAUACUGAGAGCAGGGGCAAACAAUAGUAGUUACCUUCAUGAUAGCACAACAAUUAACUUGAUUUCUCACAGUUAUUUGGUGUAUCACAUGCACUUUUUUGUUAUUUCAGUUGAACUUGCUGAAAAUUGCCUCUUGCCAGCUAGAUUUCAGUUUCAUCAAAGCUUUUUUAUAUGAGGAAGUCCAAUGUCAUUCCUUUUGGUCAUCAUGUUGUUGAAGUGUGUCCCUGUAAGAGGCAGCUCACGUUUGGUAUAAUAAUUAUAUGGUGAAACCAUGACCUCAUCCUCAUCUUGUUACUAAGCCUUUGUAGACCCAGCUGAACCUGGAUGUUUUUAAUAAACCUAUAGAUUUUAUUAAAAUGAAAUAUAAUGUAAGUAGAACUUACAAAUAAUAGAUGUGGAAAAUUUAACAGAGGAAAUCCUGUGUGUAUUUUUCUGUGUAAAGGUGAGCGAAUGAGAAGGGAUAAGAAUUAUUGUUGAUAAAGAGGGCAAUGUUGACACGUUUUACUGCUUUUUCCCUAGUUUGUAUGUGUCUUAUUACAUGUGGUCCAUCUUAUUCUAAGCUGUCAUACAACAGAGACAAGAUUUUUUGUUGUGAGCAAAGCUUUGUACACGAUCACCCAUGAGCCAAGAAGAACACAUUCUCUACAUUUCUAUUAAGCUUUUCCUAGACGUAAAAUGUAACGUUACAAAGUUUGACACACAUAUAUGAAAACAAUACAUUUUCUAUGCUGUGUGCAUGGUUUUUUAUUGAUUCUGUCAUCUAAAUGUAAUUGAAAAGACACAAAUAUUGAUAAAGAAAUAUAGUCUCUUUAACAGGCCUUAUAUUAUUUUUGCACUUGACCUAACAUUUGUCUAUCAUACCUCUUGUAUCAUUUGGGGUUUUUCUUUUCUUUUAGUUGUGAGAAAAUAAAGGUCUUUACCGUUAAAAGAGACUAAA